AUGUCUUUCAUCAAGUGCAGCCUUUUGCUGGCCGCCGCCGCGGUCGCAUCCGUCUCGGCCCGCAGGGGCCCGGAACCCAAGUAUCCUCCCGCUGCCGGCACCAGUUCCUACUGUUCGUACUGGGUGGACUACGAGGGUGACAAGUCGUGCUCGCGUGUCCUCGAGGACAACAAACAGAAUCCCACCGUUGGCGCAGACUGCUCCGGCAUCAAGGCAGGCAACUCGUACUGCGUUGAGGCCUUCGGUGAGCCCGAGCCCAUCGAGGUCACCACGACCACUCGCGCUGCCACGACGACGACGCAGCCGACCGCGACGACGACAACGUUUGCCAACGGCAUCGCCACGCCCCAGCCCACCCAGUCCGGCAUGGUGACCAACUGCAACAAGUUCCACUGGAUUGCCGAGGGCCGAUUGCUUCCGGCAUGUGGGCCGGUGUCAACGUCUGCGUCGGCGUCGUCGGCAGCUCCACCGACACGGCCAAGCCACGACCACGGCGCCCAGAACGGCGUCGUCACGCCUCAGCCCACUCAGCCCAGCAUGGUGACCAACUGCAACAAGUUCCACUGGAUUGCCAAGGGUGUCACCUGCCAACAGGUCAUUAGCUUCCAGAAGAUUUCCCUCGCCGAUUUUGUCAAGUGGAACCCCAGCGUCCUGAGCGACUGUUCCGAGGUCCAAGUCUGCGUCGGUCUCAUCGCCGGCACCACGCCCACGACGACGCGGCCCCCUACCACCACGGCCCCCGGCAACGGCGUGUCGACGCCCCAGCCGACGCAGCCUGGCAUGGUGACCAACUGUGCCAAGUUCCACUGGGUUGCCAAGGGUGUUACGUGCAACCAGAUCUACAGCUACCAGAAGAUCACCCUUGAGCAGUUUGUCAGCUUCAACCCGACGGUCAAGUCGGACUGCACGGGCAUGCAGGCCGAGGUGAACGUCUGCGUCGGCCUCAUCGGCGGCAACCCCACGCCCACGCAGACGGGCAACGGCAUCGCGACGCCUCAGCCCAUCCAGCCCGGCAUGGUGUCCAACUGCAAGAAAUUCCACUGGAUCGCCCAGGGCGUCACGUGCCAGCAGGUCAUCAGCUUCCAGAAGAUCACCCUUGCUGACUUUGUCAAGUGGAACACUGGUGUUGGCUCUGACUGCCGCACCAUGUGGGCCGAGACGAACGUCUGUGUUGGCGUCUAA